GAGGUUGGCAGAAAACCGUCUGUAUCUGAGGUGGUUUGGCGGUGAAUUUGAAUGAGUGAGAAAGGAAAGCAAAGGAAACCAUUGGCGCCCCACUCUCGAAACAUGAUCUGCUUUACUAUAAUUUACUACUUUGCUUUCCUCAUCAACUUCUCAUCGCCUUUCUUCGAUCUUCAAUCACUAUGCUGUCUGCCGGAAAACGCGCUUCCGCUAAAUCCACACUCAUUUUUAUGCUUCUAUCCCUUGUUGGGAUCGCUUUAACGGUGGAUUUCUUCUGGGCCUCGUCGUCGUCUUCUUCUCCUUCCUCGUCCUCGCCUUUUUUGUCGAACUGGGCUCAGGAGAAAAAUCAAAUCUUUGUAUUUUCCAAACCUAAAAUCGAUAACGAAAAACAGGAGAAGGUAGAAGAUGAAGCCAAGAAGAAUAAUGUCCCUGAGCUGGAAUUAUCAGGUACAUUUGCUGAUCUACCAGCUCCAGAAUUAGAAUGGGAGCAAAUGCCUUCAGCGCCUGUGCCGCGUUUGGAUGGUUCCGCGAUUCAGAUUGAGGAUCUUCUAUACGUUUUCUGUGGAUAUGGAACACUAGAUCAUGUGCAUUCCCACGUCGAUGUCUACAAUUUCACGGCUAGAAAUUGGACUGAGAGAUUUGAGACGCCAAAAGAGAUGGCGCAUUCGCAUUUGGGAGUGGCAAGUGAUGGAAGAAGAUAUGUGUACAUCGUGUCUGGGCAGCAUGGCCCUCAGUGCACGGCUCCUCCGGUGGCUCUUUCAUUUGUCCUCGACACGAAGACGAGGAAGUGGGAGAGCUUUCCCUCAUUGCCGGCUCCUAGAUAUGCUCCAGCAACUCAGCUAUGGAGGGGAAGGCUACAUGUAAUGGGUGGUAGCAAAGAGAAUCGGCACACACCUGGAACCGAUCAUUGGAGCAUUGCAGUGAAGAAUGGUAAAGCAAUCGAGAAAGAAUGGCGAAAGGAAAUGCCCCUACCCCGAGGGGGACCUCAUAGGGCUUGUGUCGCUGUUGGUGAUAAUCUGUUUGUUAUAGGCGGUCAAGAGGGUGAUUUUAUGCCAAAACCGGGGUCGCCUAUCUUCAAAUGCUCAAGGAGGCAUGAGGUGGUUUACGGGGAUGUAUAUAUGCUUGAUGGUAAGACGAUGAAGUGGAAAGUUGCGAGCCCUAUGCCCAAACCUGAUUCCCAUAUAGAGUCAUCUUGGAUCAUUUGGAAUAACUCGAUCAUCAUAAUGGGAGGGACGACGGAGAAGCACCCUGUAACUAAAAGGAUGAUCCUAGUGGGAGAGAUGUUCCAAUUUCAUUUGGAUACCCUGAAAUGGUGUGUGAUGGGGAAGCUUCCAUACCGCGUGAAAACGACGUUGGCUGGCUUGUGGGAUGGGUGGGUGUAUUUGACAUCUGGGCAGAGAGACAGAGGAGAGGAUAAUCCGCAACCAAAGAAAGUGAUAACAGAAAUGUGGAGAACUAAGUUGAGCUUCUCAUGUUCUCCUGCCAUAGAUUAGGCUUUCUUUUUUUCAACUUGAGAAAAUUUUCUCCAUAUCCACAGCCAUACUUGUUUAUGUAUAUCAUGUUCAUAUGUUAUUUAGAUUCAUCACUUGCUGCUGUUAUUUAACAUUAAUUGCGAGAUAGGAUAGUCGGGACAGGUAUUCUUAUUCAGUUUUUAGUUUGAGUUUAACCUUAUGUAUUUCUUGUAUGAAUUUGGUCAUCGAAUUAGGGGCAUUUACUUUGCAUGA